AUGCCAGCUCUAGAUAUCUUUGGUGGGUCCGAUGGAGAUGGAAUAGAUUAUUGCAGCAGCAUGAGCGUAGACGAUGUUGGCGACUCUAGCAGUCAAGCCUUUCAUAAGACUAUCCCGCACAGGAGCAAUAUCAGCUCUCAUGCUACUAGGCUUUGCAAAAUUCACCCUCCUCUAAGCCCCGGAGACCGGAUUUUGGCAGUUGAUGGAAGAAGUGUAACAGGCUUAUCACAGGAGACUGCAGCACGCUUGGUAGCAGCAGCGGGUCACGAGGUUCAACUCACGGUGAAACAUUUGGGAAUGUACCAAGUCACCGGUUCGAUGCUGGAGAUCAUCAUCAAUAGUAUGGUAGAGGACACAGGACUAUGUUCCAAAAGGUACUUCUCUCGCUCCGACCAAAUUGCUCGAAAUCUUGGUCUUGGCCAUGUUGCUGCCGCUGUAUCAAACUCCGGUCACUCUAAUCUGAGAUCUAGCAAUAAAUCUACCUGCAUUUCUGGCGACAUUUUGGGCACUGAUGGCAAGCAAACUAACCUCACCUCACAAUGCAGUCAAGGCCUCUCUGAUCAGCCACCUAAGUUUUAUCACACAUUUAGUCCCGCCCGGUCUACAAGCCCUUUAGUUUCUCAGGCGGAGGGUGCAUUUGGGGGCAAAGCAGAUGGAACUUUUGAUCAUGUGGUUGGGGCCAAUGAGGGUGCAGAAGAAUACACUUACUGUCACUAUGACCAGGCUAAGCCAGUAGCUGCUUCAUCAAUCUGCCCCGAAUCCCUCUCUUCUAUUUCACUUCCAAGAGAGGAGGCUCGACAGCCCCAUUCUCACAGUCUCAUUCAGAGCCUCGACCAAUCUACUGGCUUCGUUAUGCAGAUGCAGUCAGUCUGUCAGGCAAAUUUAGAUUCUCUUCACAAUAACACUGAUAAACCUUAUCUCCAUGACCAAACCCAGCAACACUAUCAGCCUCUAAAUGAACAAAUGCCAAACGCUUGUAGGCCAUGUCCUGCUCACAUACCUUGUUCUGCGAAACCCUCGGGCCUAUUUUCGUGCCGUCAAAAGUCCGCUCUCUCAGCGUCAUUUCUUGCCUCCGAUUGUCCGGAGCAGUGCUAUCCAUUUGACACUAGGGAGCAAAAAGAAGGGGAAACUUUGCCUCGGAAAGAAACUUUGCUGGGUUCUUCUAAAUCUCGUCCUGACACAGUCGAAAUCAGUCAGUCUAGGCAACUUGAUCAAUCGGCGAUACAUAUGGUUGAGCAAGAAGAAAAUGAAGAAAAUAGUUCAUCCACUUGGGCACACCCUCAUAGUCUUGUUCAGCCUGCACACAUCCCAACUUCGCAACCCUCUACUCUAAAUAAACGUUCUAAAUCUGUGGUUGAGCUUGCACUUUUGGUGAGUUCCUUUUUAAAUUAA